AUGACCGGGCGGAUGGCGAGCGCGCCGCGCGUCUCCGGCCUCCGUCGCCGGGGGCGCCGCGCGUUCCUCCCGGCCGUCCUCGGCGCAUCCCUCACGACGCUCCUGCUCGUCUUCGCGCUCGCCGCGCCCAAGCUCGCGCGCGCGCACGAGGACUCCGAGGAAGAAGGCCACGCGUCGCCCAACGGCACCCACGGGUACCACUUCGAGUACUAUGACAGGCCCCCGCCCCCGCCGCCGGCGCAGCCCGCGCACUACGUGGGAGGCGUCUACGACAAGAAUCACUCGCAGACCUGGCACGGAGAGGUCGAGGUCGUGUGCACCGUGGUCGUCAAACCCGGCGCCUACCUCGCCAUCACCCCGGGCGCCACGAUCAAGUUCAGGCCCAACUGCACUUACGAGGACGCCAGGCUGUGGGGUCUGACGGACCCGGGCGGCGUGGGCGUGUCCAAGCCCUCCAUCGUGGUCAUGCGCGGCGCCAAGCUGUACGCGGCGGGAACCGCGGAGAAGCCCAUCGUGUUCCGCCCCGUCGACCCCGACCCGAACCAUCCGGAAGGAGAAGGAGGAGAAGGAGGCCACGUGCGCGGCGCGUGGGGCGGCAUCGUCGUGAUGGGCACCGCGAGGGUUGGAUGGAACGUCGGGGCGACGAACGUCGACGUGGAGACAAUCGUCGAUCGAUCCGAGGACGCCGAGUUUGCCGAGUGGCUCGACGAACCCGCCGAGCCCGGGCACGUCGCGUCGCACGAGACGCACGACGCCUACGCCGUGGCGCGCGUCCCGCGCGGGGUGUUCCCGCCCGUUCCCGGCCUGUUCGGGGGGGGACAAAACGACGGAUAUCUCGAGUACGGCGGAUAUCGCGACGAUUCCUCGUGCGGCGUCGUCGAGCACGUCGUCGUCCUCGGCGGCGGCGGACGCAACGAGUCGAACCCGGCCGCGGUGGGCCCCGGCAACCACGACAUGCCCGCGCUCGGGUUCUUCGGGUGCGGGUUCGCCACCAAGGUGGAGCACGUCGAGGUGGCGCACUCCGCGGGGCACGGGCUGUACCUGGGCGGCGGGAUGGUUUCGCCUCGACGGGUGGCGGCUUGGGACAACGCCGGCGCGGGGGUCAAGACGACGGCGGGGUACCGCGGUGUCAUCGACGAGCUGUUCGUGCACGUGCCCCGAAUCGCCGCGAACGCGUCGGGCGCGAACGCGUCGGGAAUUCGCGCCGAGGGGUUCUGGUCGCACGGCGGAGGGUCGGUGGACGAGUCGGUGUAUCGCACGCACCCGAUGCUCUUCCACGCCACCGUCGUCGCCGAGCCGAUUCCGUACCCGUACACGCCGCCGCCUGUUCCCUACCAGCCGCCCAGCUGGAUAGGGAGUGAUGGAUACGGGGCAUUGGAUGGAACUGAUCGUCACCAAAGUUACCCAGGAAGCUCAACACUCGGCUGUCAACAUACGUAUUUACCUGUACCCUCCGGUUGCGAAAUCGCCCAGGAUACCGAUGAAGCUCAUGAAGUUAUCAAAAACCAUGCUUGGGGAACCCAUGUGAUGUGCACUCAUACCGUCUGCUAUGGCACGGCUGCAUACAAUACCGGUGCCGUCUGGGGUAGUGGCUCUGUACUGAGUCAGCAGGAAGGUGGGGAAUUGGUGUACAAACCGAGUGGGUGCUCACUUCGGAUUCUCAUCCACUGUCCGCCGCCGGUGCUGCCGCCGCCGCCGGCGGCGCUCGUGCAGAUCGCGCGCGGAUCCGGCGCCACCGUCGGCAACUCGGUCGUCAUGCCGAGCACGGAGAGGGCCGUCGCGUUUUCCGUGGACGACUGCAGCCCCAAACUCCGCGUGGGCCAUUUCCGCGACGUCGACCCCUCCGCGUUUGCGGCGAAGAGCAACGAUGCCGUCUCCAUCGACGAUCGCGUCGCCGUCGCGGGGCUCGGCGACGAUCCCCCGACGAAAAACUCUGACUACAGGGAUUACGACGGGUCGUGGUCGCGGCACGUGGUGGACUCGUCGCCGACGCCGUUUAACCUCGGCGCGGGGUGCGAGGAGGCGCCCCUGUGGCGCGUCAACCGGAACCCGCCGCAGUUUAGGAGCGGCGACUUCGCUCUGGACCCGAAGGCUGCGAGUCGCCUCGACCCCCGCGCCACCGCCGCGAUGGUGGCGGCGGCGGCGCUCGAUCCUGUCCCGCCGCGCAUCGUCGACGGCGUGGCGACUCGACGCGACGCGCGCACGACGUGGAUGCUGGACUCGCUCUUUUACCGGCCGGACGCCGCCGCCGUCGACGGAUCGACCGCACGCGACGGAUCGACGAACGGAUCGUCCGCGUCCGCCGCCCUAACCCACCCCGGCGCCUUCGGACCGACGCACGCCUUGCCGUGGUUCGCGCGCGUCGAGGCUGACGGCGAUUUCGGUUCGCGAACGCGCGGCGCCACCAUCACGCCGCUGACGAGAUCCGACCCGGAUCCCGGGUACGCGACGAUGGCGGCGUUCGCGGACGACGCGUGCGACGGGGAGAGGCUGGGCGAGGUUGCGGUCCGCCGGGGCGCGUGUUACGAGGUUCCGGAUUGGAUUCAGGCUGGGGACUCGCCCCUCUCUCGGCUGUUACCCGAGGAGAUGCACUUGGGCGUUACGCAGCCCUCGGCAACCCUGGACCUCAUCGCCACCUCGCACACGGGCAAUCAAAAAUUCUCUGAAGCCGCCGUCGUAAACGGCAAGGCUGUCUUUGCGCCCUUCGAUGCACCCGCCGUGUACGUGGUCGACCUGAGCACGAUGGAAACCAGUAUCUGGGACUUGCCCGAUCCCCUGGGGACUACCAGCUGGAAGUUCAGAGGAGCCGCGGCCGCAAACGGCAAGGUCAUAUUUGCACCGUACACAGCGGACGCCAUUGGAGUGUUUGACCCGAACGAUUUCGACGCGUUCGAGGCAAUUUCCAUCACCGUCACGGUAACAGGUUCCAACUCAGGCAGGAAAUUUCAAGGAGCCACGCUGGCGAACAACGGUCUGGUCAUCUUUGCGCCCGCCUGUGCAGACGGCGUGGGAGUGUUCGACCCGAGCACCAAGAACUUCCGGCAAGUGGCGAAAUCGGCGCUCGUUAACGCCGUCCCGGAUGCGCACAGAUUCUACGGAGCCGUGACCGCCGACAACGGGAAGAUCGUAUUCGUACCGGGCUGGGCGAACGGCGUUGGCGUGUGGGACCCGAACAACGAAGAAGGCUUUUCGUACGUGGAUAUCAGCGCGCCCAGUUCAACCGUAGACUUGGGCGGUUUGAGCAGCUUCGUCGUUACACAUAAGUUCAUGGGAGGCGCCAGUGCGAGUAACGGCAAGGUGGUCUUCGCGCCUUACGCCGCGAACGGCGUUGGGGUGUUCGAUCCCAACGACAACAGCUUCGUGUUGGUGGACAUCAGCGCGCCCAGCGCAACUGUGAAGCUGGGUGGCUUGAGCGGCUUCACGGGUCCCGCAAAGUUUGGGGCAGCCGCGGCAGCGAGCGACGGCAAGGUCAUCUUCGCGCCCAGCAAUGCUGAGGCCGUUGGAGUGUUUGACCUGAGCGAUAACAGCUUUGAGCUUGAGCAGGACGAAAAAAGCAGCAGCAGCCUCAAAGCUCAGAUGAACAAAUUCCAAGGAGCAGAGCCUUUGGACAACGGCCAGAUACUCUUCGUGCCCUGGACGAUGGACAAUUUCGGUAUUUACACUCCAAAGUCUCCUGAUUGUUCCACUGCGCCCUCAAAUUUGGUUUCCAAUUUUUCGAGAUACAUGCGGUUCGACAUCGACGGCGCGAGUGUGAGCGUCUACGAAGGGUCGGAUGCAAUGGCCAGGUGCCGCGACUCGCAGGCGCCAAGUUUAACCAUCGCGUUGCCCAUCGCACCGUCACCAGCAUCAUCACCAUCAUCACCAUCGCAGCAGUACGGUAACUGCACGUGCCUCUGCGAAGGCACGCCAGUCGGGGACAUUAACGUCACGGAUGACUACGGCGGCAUGGGUGUCCCGGCGAGUAUGUGCAUAGGAAAAGGACCUGAACAGUGCCAGCGACAGAAAAAUUUGACGUGCGGCGUGAACUUCACUACCAAUUGGUCGUACGUCCCUACGUACACCGGUGCCAACUUCACCGAUGAAUCGUCGUCCAGCCAGAACGGCUAUGAAGAGCAGUACGGUAACUGCACGUGUCUUUGCGAAGGCGCGCCAGUCGGGGACAUUAACGUCACGGAGAGUAUGUGCAUAGGAAGCGGACCUGAAGAGUGCCAGCGACAGAAACAUUUGACGUGCGGCGUGAACUUCACUACCAAUUGGUCGUACGUCCCUACGUACACCGGUGCCAACUUCACCGAUGAAUCGUCGUCCAGCCAGAACGGAGUGGCGAGUGACAAUCAAGGUCCAACAGGGGGCUCCCAGGAAUCUCAACCCAUCUGCGGUAAGGUUGGUAACUCAUACUUGGCCAUCACCGACGUCGACGUCGCCGCUGGCUCCAUGAACUCCGAGGACAGGGUGAUCAUGACAGAGUGGCAGGGCGCCAGUGACUGCGACGAUGCCGGGCUGCCCAUAUGGACGUUCAUGGACGCCUCGAGCGUCACCUCUGAUUCGGAGAUAUUCGAGCGCGACGCCCUCGGUAUGGCACCCGCGGCGGCCCCCGCGUCGACGGAGCGGUGCUACGGCGACGGCGUCGGCGGGCAAUCGUAUCGCCUGGCUUGCACCCCGACCGGCGCGUUGCGCGUGAGCACGUGGUUCUGCUCGAAUUGCAGCGCCGCGGUCGGUCCGGCUUCCGAGACGAAGGAAGGGGAGCACCCCACCGUCAAUAAAACCGCGGAGGGAUGGGAGAUUUGCGAGGCGGGUGCCGCUCCGCGAAUCGUGUCGUCUUGCGGCGGGCUCGCCGUGGCGCAGUCCUUCUCCGGCGCCGUCGCCACCGCGUCCGGUCCGUUUGGUUCCUUCCGAAGGUACCGGACGCCGAUGGAGGCGUUGAGGGAGGAUCACCCGCUGUGGGUGGGAAGCUCGCUCGGGAAGAACGCGACGGCGGCGAGGCGCGAUAACGACAUGCUGGCGGGGUUGGGGUACGAGACGACCUCGGCGCUGCCCCACCUUUGCGUCGAUUCCCGCGAGCGUGAAUCCCUCGGCUGGACCACGCACGUCACCGCCAACGGCGGGUACCUGAGCAUCGAGACGGACCAACCGCAGAGCUGGUGCCUCGGAUCCGAUUACGUCUCGCUCGAGUGCCCAAACUCGGGCGGCGUUCACGUCUGGUGCGUCAACGCCACUCAGCUGGAAGGCGCGGCGAGGCUGCCCGACGGUCACUGCCGAAACGAGCUGGACGGCGCGGAUCCCAACGAUUCGGACUGCUCCGGUUUCACGUCUGGGACGAACGGCUACGUUUGGAACGGCAUCGACCUGGGCGGCGCAUGGCGAGGUUCGCUGUACAAGCAGGGAUACUUCGCGAGGCUCAUCCCCAAACCGUGUGACGCAUCGAUUCCCAUCGACAACGGCAACCCGGGCGUCGCGGCCAUCGCGGGAGACACCUCCUACACGUACGACUUCAUCGUCAACGCGGAUUAUUACCAUCACGACCACGGUCUGUUCAUAUACUACGUCAAACUGGACGGCGUGCUGCCGAGCGCGGAUCAGUUCACGGUGCACGUCGACUCAUACAGGGAGUCUUGUGUCUCCUUGCCUGGCGGGUCUUGCGUCGCCGGCGUCGCCGGUUUUAUCGACGGUGACGAGUUCACGCUGACGAAUUGGCACAAAGCCUCCACCACGGCGGGGACCCACGUAUUCUCGAUCACCACGACUGCCAUGGUGUCUCAAAUUGAAAUCAAGUAUUUCAGGCCAAUGUACAAGCCGGGAUGGCUCAUCAAAAUGAACGGAGUUGAAGUGUACCGGGAGAGUGCAAACGGCGGGAGCGACGAUUUACCCAGUCCGGUGACGCACACAUACAACCUGAUUCCCAUUGACAAUGGCAACCCGGGGAAUUGCACCGCCUCGCUGGCGCACGGCGCUUCGUGCACUCCGACGUGUGACACGGGAUACGUCCUGUCCGGCUCGAGGUCCUGCGACAACGGCGUGUUGAGGGACACCGCGAGGUGCGACAUGUCGUGCGACGCAUCGCACGCCAUCGUCAACGGCAACCCGGGAACCAGUUGUGGCAGCCCGCUGGUGCACGGCACUUCGUGCACUCCGGAGUGUAACACGGGAUAUACUCUGUCCGGCUCGAGGUCUUGCGACUCGGGACAACUGACGGACACAGCCGUGUGCGUCGAGCUCGACCACUUCUGCGUCGACAGCACAAACCGCGACACCUGGGGCUGGGUGUUGCACAAGCCUUCAACCGACAACGAGGGGUACACAACCUUCGAUGAAAAUCCCGAGAGCUGGUGCGCGGACUACGAUUACGUCUUGUUAGAGUGUCCGAGGCUUAACAAUGGAGGGGAGCUCCAAGCGUGGUGCGCGAACAAAACUCAGAUGCUCGCCUCGCCAGCGGCCAAAAGCGACUGCAACGGCGGGUUGCUCAAUGAACACUGCCCAGGCUACGGCACCGAAGGCGUUGCAGUCUGGAAUGGCAUCGACUUGGGUGGGGUUUAUCGAGGAUCCGCGUACAAACGGGACGUGUUCCUGACAAAGCUGCCUGGUUACGCUGCGCCGGCCCCACCGUCGGCCCCGUCUACUGGUAACCACUCAGAUACUGGUAAUCACUCAGAUACUGGUAACCACUCAGACACUGGUAACCACUCACAUACUGGUAACCACUCAGAUGAGACACAGUCGGACUAUCCGUACAAUGACUAUCCGUACAAUGACUAUCCGUACAAUGACUAUCCGUACAAUGACUAUCCGUAG